UUUUGUGAACAUCACGUCACUGAUAUCCUUCUCGCACUCUCUAAUUUUCGACCUCGUAAGAAUUUAAUUAAUAUCUUGCGAACAAUUUUUAGUACGUGAAUUUCGUUAAGUUGGUUAUUCAACUUGGAAAUCAUAUUACAACUCCGUGCUUCUCAACGACUUCUUCCCUAAAGCACGUACAGGAUUGGUCAUCGAUAGUCCUCGUCCGAAGUUUCCUUAUCUGAGAGGGCAUCGUUUCAUCGGCCAAGUGAUGUAAGCGGAAGAGGGUCAGAAUCUCCCGAAAGUUCACUCGUACUAAGCAUCAUCGUACCAGGCUCCAUAAAUAGCUUAUUAUUUCUCACUGAUGGAGACAUAAAUUGGUGUCCGAUACUUCAAGUUAUGGGUGAUAUUUUCAGUGGGAUGUUCUUCUGCAAUCGAGCACCGAUGGAACUUCCCGAGAAAAGAGAGCGCGUUUUUCAGAGAACAAAAUCGCAAAGCGAGCAAGACCUGACCGAGUAUCUGAAAGCUUACCGAAAUAAAGAAACUGUCGAUGAAGAGUGGAGAAAGGUACACGAAAAAAGGGGCGAAAAGAAACGCUUCCAAAAGUUGGUGAAUAAACAAAUGAUUGUUUCGAAGAUGCAACUGGUAGGCGACGGAGAAAUCAAGAGACGCAGCUCAAUUGGUUCCAUUGCCGAAACAAUUCCGCUUAAAGAAAAUGCUGUGGAAAAUAUUCCAAUCACGAUGGAAGAGGAACGAAAACUUGAAGCUAUUGCACGAGAAAAUGAAGCCAAAAAAGAAAAGAGAGAGCAAUACCUGAGGCAAAUUAGAGGUCAGACUGGGGGUUCUGAUCAGCCCCUUAGUGCACAGAGCAAGAGGAGGGUUAAAAAAUGGAAGACUGUGGAUAAAGCAGAUGAACCUGCGAAUGACUCUGAAGACGGUAAAGUUCAUGAAGACUUAGAAGACACGCUAAGAUCGCUAGAAAACGUUAUGCUGAUAAAAAACGCCAUCAAAGAGGAGGAAGAAGAUGAGGAAAGAAAUGAUCGUGAGAAUGAGAGAAAUUCUGCUCAUGCAGAUGUUGAACCCAUAGAAAUGCAAGAGAAUGACACCUGACAUGAUCCCCAUGAAAAAAAGCUUGAUAUGAAAUUGAGCAAUGAUAUUAUGAACGUAUAUAACAAAUCGGACGUGAAAAUGAAACAAAUGAAAACAGGGCAAGGUGAAAAGGAAAGUUUAGAACAUGACUUCGUGAACGAGAAAAUGAAUGGCCAUGAUAAGAGAAAGUUUAGUAAUAAUUUGAUUCCUCCUCCAGAUAAUUUGCCAAUAUUUGCCGGGAUGAGAAGCCCCAACAAAAGAAAUAAUGCCAGCUCGCCUAUAUUUACUUCCCCUAGGAGGUUUUUUCUCCCAAGUCCUCGAGCCUCUAGGAAGAUAAGCCCUUCAACAUCCAGCUUGGACAUACCAAGGAACAGAAACCAGUCAUUCAGUAGAGAAGCGGCCUUUGUUAGAGGACAGUCCCUCAGCAAGGAACGGAGCUUUGGCAGCGAACCGUUCCUCCGUCGAGGAGUUAGUCAAUCCAUGGAUAGAAUUGGAGGAUUUUUCACCCCUAACGUCUCCACGAGUCCCGAGCUGACGUCGCCGAGGAAAACUCCGCGGAAAACUUCUCUGACAGACAACAAAGUGGCGACAACUCCGCGAAGGAAGUCACUCACUCGGCCACAGGAACGGUUCACUCCGCGACAUUCUCCUCGCCAAUCCAAGCCAAGCCUUGAAAGUAGGACGGUUUCCUUUGUGGGCGCAGCUUCACCUUACAAGACGCUCGAUGUAUCGCCUCUUCGGUCACGCUCACGAAACGGGCAAUCGAAAAACACAGACGGCGUCCAAAAAUCGCCUGCUAAGCGAAAUGAAAAUGUGACCGGAAAUUUCAAGUCCAACAUCAAAGGUCGCAGCGGAAACACAGAUAAAAACCAACGAGUCGUUCCUCAACAAAAUUAUGGUACUCUCAAAAUUUAGAAAUAAAGAGGAGGAUGAAGAAAAUUAAUUGCACCAAGUUUUUUGAUACGAUCGAUGAGUAUUUCAUCGAUCACCAAAGAUUUCUUACAAUAUUUGAGUGUUUUCUCUCUAAAAACGUGAUUUACAAUUAGACAAAGAAAGGGGCAGAUAUGAACUAAAUAAAUGAAUAACUUUAUGAUUUAGAAAAACAAUUGUGGAAUUAUAAUUGGAGAUAUUCAUUUCAGUUUCAUUAAUUGUGACUUUGAAAUUUUCUGAGGAUGAAGAUGAACUUGUAGCUUGAUUUUAAGUCUAAUUUUUAAUGUGUUCUUUUGACUUUUCGUCCUGAGGGUUUAAACGUCACUGACUGGCAGGUUAUUGCUUUGUCAUCCUGUUUACCAAACCACUAAAAAAAUAUUUACGAAUUGUUCUCUGAAAGAUUUAAUUUAACGCCAUAAAAAAGCAUGAAAGUUUUUUAUUCGCGUAGGAAUCAUGUAAACAAGUUAACUAGCUGAUCAAGAAACUAUGGAAUCGGCAAGCCUCCGUAUCACAUAUAUAAACAAGGACACAUACAUAUGUCAGUUCAGUUUGAGUCUCUGUCGAUUUGCCUCAAAGGAUAAUUUUGUAAUUUUCAAGGCGUUGAAUGUGGAUGUAUAGGUUGAACUCAGGUUAUAUCGACAUCAUUUUCCAAAUGAAUGUAAAAAUUUAACCAUUCCAGUACGAAUUCGUCUUAACCUAAUAUUUUGAUAUCAUUCAAGAAAAUACUUGUCCAUUAUGCGCAGAUUUAAUCAUGUAAGUUCGUGUUGGGAUUUGAUUACGUUGCGUGCAUAUUAUUUUUUAAGCGUUCCACGCGCAAUAGGCAUGACAUCAUAUCAAAUUUCGCUACAUGUCAUGAUAUUCAUUCAAGUCUUCAGGUCGGACUAAAAAAAAACAUUUGAAGGUCGGACUAAAAAAAACUUCGUCCCUUCCACUUCAAUCUUAACGGAAAAAUUAUCUAUAGAUACAUGUAUCUAGUUAAAAAAUAAAUUAUCCCUUACAGAUUGGAAGUUAUGAGUCGAAAAAAUCGCUUGACGAAAUUGUAAUAAAUGGAUAUAGAUUUUAAUUUCAACUUUACAUUAUCACAGAGUUUAUAAUCAAAAAUAUUACUAUAGCGUAGUUUUUUAAUUCACCCAAGUGAAACUUUUGUGUUCAGUUAUUUUUGAAAAUGAGAAUUAGGCUUUCGGUCAUGUAAAAUAAAAU